GACAGAUUAGAAUCGGUCAUGAGUGCAUCAGAUUCCAUAAUGGCCCAAGAGGUCUAUCUUUGUAACUUCUGCAGUGGUCAGGCUGCCGAAAUUUGCUGUAAAAGUUGUCAGGCUUAUCUGUGUAGGAAUUGCGUUGCUAACCACCUUCAGCAACUGAAGGAUGAACGACAUGACAUCGUGCCGUUUAAAAAGAGACGAAGGCGGCGAUGUACGUCACAUCCGGAUCACCGAUGUGAGGCCUUUUGUAAGGACUGUCAGGAGCACGUGUGCCUGAAAUGUUUGAUUGGAGGACAUAGACUUCAUGACGUAGACGAAUACCCAGUUGUUAUCCAAUCAGAAAAAAGGACAGAAGAUAAAGAUGAAGAUGAAAAUGCUAGCGUAGAUGAAGAGAUCGUUGAAUCUAAUGCUAGUAAAAAAUGCUGCACUUUCUUCCUACAACCAGUUCUUUCAAUGCGCAGAUGUUGCAUAUCUGUGCUACAGUGUGGACCAAUGUCAAAAUUGAUUUGUUGUGCAAUUUUGUUCACCAUAGGGUUAACACUCUUACUUAUUGGAUGCAUUCCUUUCAUGAAUUUCUAUCCUUUCUUCGUUGCCUUCUUUUAUGUUUGGUUUGCCCUCUGUUCUCCUUUACGCCGAUAUUUACCAGGCUUGUCGAAAUACCCAGAUCUUUCGCUAUUCCUUGCCACUGGUGCCUUCGUUUCAGCCAACGCUUUUCCGAUUGUACUCACUAACAGUUCCAAGAUCACAGGUACAGCAUGUGUCUUCUCAAUAUUCGGCAACAUUUUUAUAUUCAUCUCUAUUUAUAAAAUGUUUUCUGAAGCAGAGAAUCCUAUCCCUCAAGAAACAGAAUGAAUAUAAGAAAAUGCAUACAUAUAUUAACUAAUUAUUUUGCGAGUACGUAUUAUCGCAAAAUAAAUGGCUCUAU